AUGGCAUCGCCCGAACGGGAACGAAAGCGCAAAAGGGAUGCGCAGGGACAACCUCGUCCUGUCGUUCCUUCUUCAUCUUCGCAGUCGCAGGUUCUAAAGAUCAAUCGGAAGGAUGUGGGAAGUCAUCCGCCUAUUAUUGCAUCAAUCCAUGGCGUCGAACUACCAACCGACCUAACCUUCUCUGCAUUUUCAAAAAAGUCAAAGGUGUCAAAACAUACGUCCGGUGGGACAAAAGGUGAAGCUAGAGAGACAGAGUACUGUUUGCAAGCUCAGACUAGCAGGAUUGAAUACGAUGGGAGGGUUGAAGGGGAGGAUGGGCUUUCGUAUUAUGUUGGAGUCUAUGAUCCUGAAAAGGGGAGUGUGGAUGUUUAUCCUUCGCCGUUGUUACACGUUCGAAGACAGGUUAGACGGUUGAAGGAGAAGGAAAUUCCAGAGAAGGCUUCGACUGGUACUCUCAUGGACUCCCGCCAAGCUCUCUCCGCCGCCUUUGGCAACCGUACUUCUCGAAAGGCAUUAAAAGACGAACAACUCAAUGCCAUUACAUCCGCCACCCUCGGCAGUACUGGAGCUACCUCUGUUGUUUCUGCGAUUUCUUCGGCAGUAGAUUCGGCUACAGCUUUACUGCCUACUAGCGAGAGUCUUAGAACUGGUUCGGGGAAUAGCAAGUACUUGCCUCCUAUACAUGCUGAUGAGGAAGGGGUUACGGUGGAUACGGUUUAUCGAGUCGAGGAGAUGGUGGAGAAGAAGGUGCUGGAUGGAUGUGCUGAGGGUGUUAGGGAGUGGGAGAAGAAUGUUAGAGCUGGUGGGGAGGUUGAGUCUACGAUAUCACCGCAUUAUGUCACAAGUCGUAUCCGUGGUGUAAUCGACUCGGGAGCGAAUGUUACAAAACGACUAAAGAUCCUACGAUACAUCGAACACAUGAUCCAAUUCCACCGACUCUUCAUCAAUUCCUUCUCAAACACUGUUUACCGUCCAAAGCUUUACGAUACCUUUGUCUCAGAUGAUAAAGCAAUAACGUCCCAUCUUAUCGAUACGUUUACCGAUGCCAAAAACCAAAAUAAGAACGAAAGGCAGCUGUCGAAGACAAAAUUGACGAAAUUGUACUGUUGGUUGAUGAUAUUGUGUUUGAAAGUCGAGGAGGAUGGAAGGAUGGAUUUGUUCGAUUUGGUACAGGAUUUACAGAUCGAAAGGAGAGAGGUUGAAAUGGCGGCUAGGGAGAUCGGGGCUAGAGUCGAGGCGUUUAAAGAAGGAUACUUGAAGUUGAUGGGAUACGGAAAGGAAGAGGCUAGGGAACAUAAACUUGUGGCAUUGAGACUGCCAUUAGUGUUCCCGAAGAAUAAGAUGCUGCAGGUUAGGAAGAGGUAG